UCUCAGUGCCUCGAGUGCCGACAAUUUUCCCCCGACACCAACAAAAAGAAAUUGUCAAAAAAAAAAGAUGAAAUAAUACAAAAUUCGAGAGAAAAAGUAAAGCAGGCAAUACAUGUAAUAAAUAAAAAGCAGCCAAGGAAAGCCAACCGUGAAAUAUAAAUAUAAAUUCCUGGCGUCAACUGUCAGCGACAGCGGCAUUUUCCAGCACAAUGUUGUUUCUGUGCAUUCGGCGAUUUUAGUGACGGAACACAAUUUUGCGCUUGGCUUGCAAAUGUUCGAGAUGGCCCCAAAUGGAUGCAUUCGGACACUGGCGGCGGCAGCUGCCUAGAAAUUCUGGAGAGCUCUACCCCCAAAGACCGGAAAACCAGAAAACCGAAAACCUAAAACCGAAACCGAGACCCCAAACUCGAAAAUAAUGUGCUGCAGGAGUGGUGUGGAUUAUUGAAGUUGACAACACUUCGGCGAAACCGAGCUAAAAAGCAUUCCGUUUUUCCUUUUUUGGGGCUGCCGGUCGGAGUACAAUGGUCAUCCAGUGCACAUGUGAUUGCAACUGCAGUGAUAGUAGAGAUAACCGGAGCAUCAUAUCCUGCCUGCUCCCCAAUCCCAGUCAGCCGUACAAGUUCCAGUCCCCCCCGUUCGGUGGCGAUGAUAUGGAGCAGAGGAUACCGUACUACCGACGCCUAUCGAAUACCUCAUCGGCGCUUUAUGGUAGCUGUCCUCAGUUGUUGCCCAGUAGCAGUACCACCAAUAACCACCAACAUUCCUGGCUGAGAGUCAAGAAGGAGAAUCCCGUGGAAAGUUCCCAAGAGAAUCGCCCAGAGAGUCCCUCCCAGGAGAAUCCCCGUCAGUACUCGAGUUUGGUGAGGCCCAAACAACGUAGUCCCGUGCUGUGCAACAAAUCCUGGUGGGUCUCAUGUCCACGGCUUUCCUAUUUACCCGCUGAGCAAACGAAAAUGCAGUCCACUGCCACGCCACCCACUCGUCAUUGUGGGGGAGUAACCACCACCCAAACCACCAGCACACCACCCACAUUGCCCAGAUUCCCGAGCAAACGGCAUUGUGACAAUUUCGGCAGCUAUGCCACAUUGCCCACCAUUGAGCAGCAGAUGACCAUGCCCAUGAUGCCCCACUGCAGUCGACACGGUGGUGGAGGAGUUGGUGGUGUAGUGGGUGGUGCAGGAGCAGCUCCCAAUGUAAUGCCCGUCCCACCACCGCCCCGCUAUGCGAAUCCCACUUUGAAUGGCUGCUGUUAUAUGUACAACCCAAUGCCCAGCCAUCACCAUCAGCAGCACAACCACCCACAGCUGUUGGCCCAACACCACCCACAACACCACCCACAGCAUCAGCACCACCCCCACCAGUACGCCCCGCAAUAUUGCCUGUGCGAUAAUUGGUACCAUCAGCCACAACAGCAGCAGCAGCACCACCAACAAAGGACCAAGAACCAUCUGAUGGCCAACGGGGGCUGCUAUUUUGGCUACGAGGCGAAUCAUCAUCAUUCCAAUCUGCAUGCCACGCCCCCCCAUCCCAGCCAUAUCACCGAUGAGGAGGAUUCGGCCUUUCCCGGACUGGCCGAUCGGGAGUUCCACCUGCUGCACCGGAAUAUUCCGGCACUGCGACGAACCGGAGUGGACACCACACGCAUUAGACAGUACUUUUAUCCCGAUGGAGGCUGGGGCUGGAUCAUCUGUGGCGUGUCCUUUCUGGUCCACAUCCUGACCACCGGACUGCAGCUGAGCUACGGCCUUUUGUGGUUCUAUGCCGUCCAGUAUUUGCAUAAUACCAGUGGCAUAGAGCUGCUGGGCGCCUUGAGCUGGUCAGUCUCCAUGGUGGCCACAUCGUUUGUGGUGUCGCUCUGUCGCAAACACUCCAUCCGCCUUUUGUCCAUCGUGGGCGGACUGGUGAUGCCCCUGGGCAUACUGUUCACCUCAUUUGCCACGGAAUUUGACCAGGUUGUUUUCAGUUAUGGCCUCGUCUUUGGAGUCGGGGUCGCCAUGGUGCGGGAGGCUUCCACCGUGAUGCUGGGCAAUUACUUUAAGCGGCGCCGUCAAUUCGUCGAAAUGGUGGCCAUGUCCGGCGAGGGAGUUGGCAUCGCUUUGUUCUCCGUCAUCCUGAAGGAGGGCGUGGGCAAGGCGGGCUGGCGCCUGGGCCUCCAGAUUGUCGCUGCCCUGACGGCACUCAGCUUUUUCAUGGGCUUAAUGUACCGACCCGCCUCCCUCUAUCAUCCCCAGCGCCGGGCCAUUCAGCAUCUCAAAAAUCAGCGCAAAAAGGUGGGAAAUUGUGUUGUGCAAAGUUUUGGUUUUAAUUUGACGACUCGGCCUCCGACCUCCUGUAUCCUCAUCCCCAUUUUCCAGAUGAGAGAAAAGAAGCCGAUUCUCAGCCAGGAGGUGGACAGCAAACCGAGAUACUUAUUUCUGGACAUAUCAUCACUGAAGUCGGUGACUGUUAAAAUUUUACUCAUGACCUCCAGCGUUGCCUCCUUUGGCAUUUAUACACCCAUGUUCCUAAUGGCUCUGAAUGCCGCCGAGCAGGGCUCCGAUGUGCAAGAGUUGGUUCUCUUGCAAACAUUUCUGGGAAUUUCCAUGGCCCUGGGUGUGGUUAUAGCUGGAGCUUUACUUAGACGUUGCUUUGUGAUCAGGCACUUUGUGAUCAAUACGAAAAUUGUCACACAGCUGUUCCUAUCGAUUGUGGCCUUGGCCAUCCUAUUUCUAUCCUUUGUCAUGGGCUAUACAGGCCUUUGUGUACUGAGCUGGCUAUAUGGCAUUGGCUUGGGUGGCUUUCAAUACUCCCUGAAGAUUUUGGCACUCGAACGCAUCAAGCUGAAACAUUUCUCCAAGGCCUGGGGAUUUAUUCGCGGUGUUGAGUCAGUUCCUGUGCUGAUAAGCGUUCCACUCACCUCGUUUCUGAACGAUUACUCCCUUAAAUACGGUCGAGCGGGUUAUUACAUAUGCUCGGCGGCGGCUGCCAUCUCGGGAAUUAUAAUAUUCUUCAUAAGUGAGCCGCAGCAGCAGCAACAGCAGCAGCAGUUGCAUCAUCAUUAUCAGCAGCGAAAUGGCCAUUUGCCGACUCCCAUGCUGAUGCGCCACUCCUCCGCCCGCCAGCACCGCCCCCAUUUGCCGAUGGACUAUGGCUAUGGGGAGUACCCCGCACCCGAUCUCCUCAGUCGGAGCUGCAUUAGUCUCAAUCAAAUGGAGCCCUAUCUGCAGACCAACUUCUGCCAAAGGCACAUGUUGCAGCAGCAGCAGCAACAGCAGCAGCAGCAACAUUCCCACCUGCAGCAGUUGGCCUGUCACAAUCUCGAUUUGCAGCAGCAGCAGCACCAGGGCCGUGGAGCCUACCAGUUGGGCCAGGGGAGCAUUGGGGCCAAGAUGGGCAAGCGACUGCAGCGCAGUCUGUCCUUCAUCCAGCAGCACAGCAACUGCUGCGAUGGCCAAAUGUACUGCAGUUGGCACAGCACCUACGAGCUGGGCUGUCACAAGAGCAACAAAAACCCCGGACCGGCGGACCAACAGCCAUUGAUAUGCACCUGCAGCAUUCCGAACAGGAAUCCAGUCACCUAUGGAGCACACGGAGCACCUCCACCCAGUUCCUCCACCCGCAGUCGAAGUGUUCCGGAGGGUUUAUCCACGAUGUCGCAGCAGUGUAACUGUCGUCAGGGUCCUGCCACUUUUCCGGCACCCACACGGGAGUUCAUCUACGUGCCGCACGCCUAUGCCUCCCUGCAAAGAACCCCCCAUCGCCAUAGCCAGGGGGCGGGGUCGGGGUCGGGUGCGGGGGGAAAUCCAUCGGCAUUGCGAAACAAUCCACAAUGCCGACUGAAACGAUCCCAGUCCCUCAGCCGACCCUCUGCCGUUCAGUUCGUGGAGCAAAUCACCACGUCCGUAUAGGAAAAUCGUGGGUGUGACAAGAGCACUCGGAAAAAUGUGUAAACGAAAUGCAGAAAGAUACCAAAUUGUGAAAUCAGAUUACUAGAAAUCACUAGAGGUCUCAAAACACUUGGACUACCUUUAAUGGGAUUUCGAACCUUUAAAUAAAUCGUAGCGUACUUUUAGACACCUUUAUAUAAUAUUUCAUUCCCUCGGAUCUCUGUUCUCUUUUGUCUUAAAGUUAAGCAGACUUUACUUUUUUGUAAAUGGCAAAAAUAGUUUUAAAAUUUUUCUAAAUAACUCCAUAUUUUACAAAUUUUAGUUUUCAAUAUAAAACAAUUUAUUUAUGAUUUAUGUAGUGUCUCUAGUGAUUUUUUAAGUUUCAGUACCACUUUUCCGAGUGCAAUAUAAAACGCAUAAAAAAGAAUCAAGAAAAUCGACGAGGUCCCCGCAACAAUUGGGUCCUAUAAAACUUAUAUUUUGGUAUUAUGGUCCCACCCACACACACGACUACGUGAACCGCAUGCACAAUUUGUCAGAUCUCUUCUAGUCUCUUGUCGUAGCUCUAUUAGAAAUGUAAACUUAAAAACUCCAACCGAAGCCGAAUGAAGUCGAAAGUGUAACUGAAAUCCCACAGCACCCCAAACGAAAAACGAAACUCGAUGAAUUUUUCACAGAAAAUCCACAUUAAACUUUUGCACUAAGCUAGGAUGAAAAUUUUACUCAUUAGCAUAUAUUAAUAUAUUAUAGAGAUUACAGACAGACGAAAAAGCUUUAUCUUUGUCUCAAGCAAAAAGUAUUCAACUUGUGGCCAAUACAUAAAUAUUUAUGAGAUAAUUCAAUCGAGCAGAGAGAACAGUGGAAAACAAACAAACUUCUUAAAUGGUCCAUUUUAUAAACGUGCAUACAAUUUAACCACCGAAAACCGAUUACCGAUAUAUUCGUAUACAUAUAUAUGGACGAAAGAGGAUGUGUGUAUAUGGACAUGAAGUCGAUCCAAUUAAACGACUCGCUUCCCCGGAGGACAAGGCUGAGCUGUCCUGAGUGCCGAGUUUUUCGUGUCGGCCAAGUACUUUAUUUUUCAAUAACAAUUAUAUAUUGCAUAAUUAAGAGGCGUUUAACGGUGGACAACAGAAUGAGGGCAAACAAAAUAUCGAUGGAAAUGUAAUGAAAAUGAAAAUUACUUUUGCCUUAUUUUCCAAUCGAAAUGAGGCAUAUGAAAUAAUAAUUACAGCCAUUAUGAUAGCCUUAAUUAAUUGAGGCGAGCAUGACCCGUACUUUGUUUCGGUUAUUACAAAUAUUUUGGAAUGGAAGUAGGCAUUUCCAGUAAUUUUUUAGUAAUAUGAUUUUUGAGAUAUUAGAGCUCAUAAAGAUUAUUGAAUAUUUGUAUUUAUGAGCUCUUUAAAAUUUGCCAGAAAUGCCUAAAUCAAUUCCAAUUUAUUUUCAUUUCGAAUCCAAAAGAACUAAAGCAAUCCAAAAAAUAAAUGGCCUAUAAAUAACGGGAAUAAAUACAAGAAAAUAAGCAAAGCCAAUUUGUAAAUCAUCAGUAAUUAAUUCGUAUAAAGACCCAAAUUUGUAAAAGAGCCAGGUGAAUAAUCAGCUAAAUAACAAGUCACAUUGCAACCAAUUAAAAGAAAAUAAAUAAAAAGCAAUUCAAUGAAGGCAUGAUACAUUAAAUAAAGCAAAAAAAUAAAGGCCAGCGGCAAAUAAACAGAAUAAAUAAAAUUUUUCAAAAGCUUAAAAAGGCAAAUAAACAAGAAAGGACAGAAUAAUAAUACAGGCAAAAUCAUCAGCGGAGGGGAAAACGUUCAUAAAGUGAAUAUUAAAAUAAACUAGUAAAAUUGCCAUUGAAAAAUAAACAAAACAAACAAUUUAAACAAUAUGUUAAAGGAAAACCAAAUGCAAAUGUCUAACAGAACGGAAAGGCAAUUUAUAAAAAUUUACGAACGAAUCGAAUGAAAAUACAUUUACUAAAGACCACAAAAGAAGCAACACGAAUUUUCCGCAUCUCACCUCCUUUGUAUAAAAGUUUCCAUUGAAAAUUUGUAUAAUGCACGAAUAAAGGGACUUCAGUCAAACCAACUGCCAUGAAACGCAAUAAGGAAACGUUAGCAUAUGUUUACAAUGAAUCUAAAAAAAUUCUUGGAGAAAUUCUUCGCUCCUUCAUGGUCAUUAAAAUAAAUUAGAUAUUUAACUUUCGACUCCAACUCCUUUUUCGCCAAUUGUGUUCAGCGAAAACGAAACACUUAGCAUAAAAUAAUACACCCUCAAGCAUAUCUAUGUGCCAAAAAAAAAAAAAACAAAA